UAAUACAAAUAGAAUUGAUUCAUCACUACUGACACUACUCUUUGCACUCUAUGUGGGAGUAAUGAUAUAUAACGCAAAGCAGUCCAUGAAGUCUAACGACAAUUAUCUGGACAAAUGCACUCAGAAAUCAGUCACUAUUGAGAGGUCCGAAAGCACUCCACUGCUCAAUGACAAGACUCUCAUUGUGUUGCAACACUUGGCCACCAAUUGUGAUGCAAAUUACGGCAAUAGUGGCAAACUGAAUCCACUAAACGUUAAAAGUGGUUACGAAGAGAUUGUAGACCAGAAAAUGCAAUUUCAAGACAACGAUGACAACGAGAGCUCUAUUAUGAACAACUGUUUCUGUUCACUCAUACUAUCACCGGUUUAUAUAGUGUUUUGGGUGACAAUGCCUAAGAGAUGGAAGAUUCUUACAUUUGUUGUCUCUAUCGGAUGGUUAACCGGACUGUCGUAUUGCACCGUUUGGGCUAUCAGUGGAUUUAGUGAUGCCCUUGCGAUUCCCCAAACUAUAUCAGGGAUGACACUAUUAGCAGCCGGAUCUGCUGUACCAGAUUUGGUGACAUCGAUAAUAGUGAUCAAAAAACAUGGGUUGGCGUCGAUGGGUAUGUGCGCCGCCAUCGCGUCCAACAUAUUCGCUAUAGUCGUCGGAUUAGGUCUUCCGUGGCUUCUGCAGUGUCUGAUCCAAUUGGCGAAGACUAAUGGCGACUAUAAGCAGGCAUUUAUCCCAAUAGAGAGCGACGCCCUUCCCUACACGUCUAUUAUAUAA